UGUUUUUGAAUUUUUGUGACAAACUGUGGUACUCUCCUUCAAUCCUAUUCAACCAUGAUGCUGCAUUGCUCUCACGGGCUCCGUAAACCUAGUAUUCAUUUACUACAAAGGAACUACACCACAGCGUUUAAGAAGAGGGGAUUUUUUAGUCAAGUAGCGAAAGGUGCUACCGUGGUUACCUUGGGCACGGUCGUCACCGUGGGUUUAGGAGGCACCAUCUUGUACCAUACCAAUGACCAGUUUCGGCAUGUUGCAAAUGCAUUAGAACGCUGUAGUAUUGCGGGUAUGGCUGGAGCCAAAAUAGCGUUUGAUUAUCAACGUACACUUUCCAAGGAGUACGGCACUGACGACGCCUACGAACAAGCUAAAAGAGCCUGCCAUCAACGAUGCGCAGAAAGAACGCUAGUCGCUGUUCAAAGAUUGGGCGGUGUCUAUGUCAAAUUAGGUCAGCAUAUAUCAGUGAUGCAGUACCUCUUGCCAAAUGAAUGGUGUCAAACGAUGCGAGUGUUGCAGGACCGAUGUGAUCCAACGUCACCGCAAGAUGUCCAACAAUUGUUUAUCACAGACUAUGGAUUACCGGUAGAGGAUAUAUUUGAAGAAUUUGAUUGGAAUCCAAUCGGUGUAGCCUCUUUAGCACAAGUGCAUCGAGCGAGAUUGAAAGAUACAGGAUUAGAAGGUUGGAUUAUGGAUGAGCAUGACCGUUGGGUUGCAGUGAAGAUUCAACACCCUAAUUUAGACAAUUACUGUCAAAUUGAUAUGGAUACUGUGUCCUUUAUGUUUGAGAUGAUAAAACGAGUAUUCCCAGAUUUCGGCUUUGAAUGGUUUGCAGAGGAGAUGAGAGAGUCGAUUCCUAAAGAACUGAAUUUCGUGCUCGAAACAAAAAAUGCAAAAAAAGUGGAGGCGAACUUUCAAGCGAACCACGAUACAGCACUUGUAAUUCCUAGAGUCCUUUGGGCUAAGCGAAGAAUUAUGUGCAUGGAAUUUAUUGAUGGAUCAAGAGUGGAUGAUUUGGAUUAUAUGAAAAAGCACAAGAUUGACCCGAGAGAAGUCUCAACAGAGUUAACCAGGGUGUUUUCAGAAAUGAUUUUCUUGCACGGUUUUGUUCAUUGUGAUCCUCAUCCCGGGAAUGUGUUCAUUCGACCUGCCAAAGACCCUAAACAUUCGAAAUGUAACUUUGAUCUGGUAUUACUAGAUCAUGGACUUUAUAGAGAACUAUCUGAGGAACUUCGUUCCGAUUAUGCACACUUAUGGACAUCCUUAAUCAAGGGAGAUGAAGAAAAUAUCCGUAAAUACGCCUAUCGUGUAGGUGGUACAGAUGUCUAUCAGCUCUUUGCAUGUAUGUUAACAGGCCGCGAAUGGGAAAAGAUUGAAAGUUCCGACCUGAAUUCGGUAAGAGAAUCGGCAGAAGUGGGUAGAAUAUCCACUGGUGCCAUGGAAUACCUUUCUGAGGUAGCAGAUAUCCUUGGCAAUUUACCACGUACGGUCUUGCUUUUACUAAAGACAAACGAUCUUUUACGUCAUGUGGAUGAGAAGCUCAAUGUAAUUCCCGACGAACAUAUCACGUAUGUGAUUAUGGGCUCCUAUUGCUCAAAAGCUGUAUGGCUGGAUACGAAAAAGUAUAUUACUGACAGAAUUAGAGCCAUUGGAUUCAGCCUGAGUUUAUUUAAACAACUGUUCACAGCCUGGUGGCAAUACGAGUCGCUUACCUAUUCUUUAUGGUUCUAUCAAUUAAGCGUAAAAUGGGCAGACAAACUCAACCUUAGAAAACGUUCACUCGAAUAAAUAUUUCCCCAUCCCCUCCACCUCUACCACAGGAUGAGUGGUCCAUUAUUGUGUUAU